AUGGAGGAGGCAAUAAGUAAAGCUGAGCAGCAAGCCCUGAGGCUGGCGGAGGCGAUCCGCGACGGGGAAGAAGAGAUCGCCCAGCGCUGCGCCCUCUGGCUGGCUGAGCGCCGUGUCCCCAUCAGGGUGCAGCUGGAACCAGAUGCCUAUCCAGAGCACGACAUCAGGCUUACCGUGGGCGUGGAAGACGCCCAGAUGGUCACCCUCCCCAUCUUUCUAAAGGUCCAGCCUUCCAUGACGAUGGCUUCUCUCAAAGACAUGAUGCACCUCCAUUACGGCUUCCCUCCCAGCAUCCAGAAGUGGGUGAUUGGACGGAGGCUGCCUCAGGACCACGAGACCCUCCACUACCAAGGCAUCCAGCGGGAUGGUGACCAGGCCUACCUCUACUUAAUGUCCGCGAAGGCCAAGAAGCUGAACAAAGAAACGGUGAAGCUGGACCACGAACGCAGGCAGCUGGAAGAGUUGGGCAUUAAAGAAGGGGUCCUGCUUUCUCGGGGAACUGGCGACUCGGCCUCCUUGGGCUCCUCGACGCCAACGGAGCCCUCCCUGACGCUGGACGUGUGCGAGGAGGGCAGCGGCCCUGGGCUGACCGUCCCGGUGGAGCCCCCAAAGGUCGGCUGGGAGUGCCCGAGUUGUACGUUUAUCAACAAACCGUCCCGUCCCGGCUGCGAAAUGUGCUGCAGCGAACGACCCCUGAAUUACGUCAUCCCGGAAGGCUAUCAGCUGGAUGCAGAGGAGCGAGAAUGGCUGCAAAGGGAUUUGGAAGCCACACGCCAGUACGAGCAGGUGGAAGAAGAAGAGAAAGAGAGAAACUAUAAGCAACUCCUGGAGUGGGACAACCAGAAUUUGGUGCUUUCUGAGGAAGCCAUUCAGUGCCCAAUCUGCUUCAUGAACCUGGAGCCUGGAGAGGGGGUGACCCUCCGGGAAUGUCUCCAUUCCUUCUGCAAGGACUGCUUGAGAGGGACCAUCCUCAACAGCCCAGAACCGGAGGUCAAAUGCCCCUACAUGGACGAUAACUACUCUUGUCCCGGACAGCUGCUGGACCGCGAGAUCAAAGCGAGACUGGUGAGGAAUGAGGAGGCCAUGUACUGCCCCAGCUGCAGGAUCAUUGUGCAGAAGAAGGAUGGCUGCGACUGGAUCCGUUGCACCGUCUGCCACACGGAGAUUUGCUGGGUGACCAAAGGACCACGCUGGGGACCAGCU